AUGAGAAAAUGUCAUUCAAUCAACAUAACACUGCGAAAAGAAGAGAAUAGUCACAUGAUAUCCGUAGCAGAUUUUGAAAUCAUAGAAAAUAUAAAAUGGAACGAAUCCCAAGAUAUAGGAUCGGAAAUAUAUAUAGAAAAUACAGAAGAAAAUUACAAUAUAACAAAAAACGUUUACCAAAUAGUAACAAAUGUAGAUGAAAAUAAAUUGGCAAAUGAUAUUUGUAAUAUUACUAAUAAUACAGAUGUAACAGAAUUAAUUUGUAAUGGAAAUGAAUAUGAUAAUUUUGAAAUAGCUGUGGUAAUAAUAUUAUUUCUAUUAAUAGUAGUAACAGUGAUUGGUAACACCUUGAUAAUAUCAGCAGUGGUUACUACGAAGAGGUUAAGAACAGUCACUAAUUGUUUUGUGACCAGUUUAGCGGUUGCUGAUCUUCUUGUUGGCAUAUUUGUAAUGCCACCAGCUAUUGCAGUUCACAUAACUGGUAAAUGGGAACUGGGUUGGAUUCUAUGUGACAUUUGGAUAAGCUUGGAUAUACUGUUAUGCACCGCAUCGAUUCUAUCUCUCUGCGCGAUCAGUGUCGAUCGAUAUCUGGCAGUUACGCGGCCACUGACAUAUUCGAGACGACGAAGAUCGAAGAAACUGGCACUUACAAUGAUAUUCUUUGUGUGGAUUUCUGCUGGCGCGAUUACUUGUCCGCCUAUGUUUGGAUGGUAUGAACCUGAUCAUAAUCAAGGAGGAGUAUGCCGGUACAAUCAGAAUCCGGGAUACGUGGUCUUCUCAGCUAUGGGCUCAUUCUUCUUACCUAUGGCUGUGAUGGUGUAUGUGUAUGCUAGAAUAUCUUGCGUGGUAGCAAGAAGACAUCAGCAGCUAUCAAGCACUAGUAAAUGUAGUAAGAAAGGAAAACUGUCCUGCGUGAAAUCUGAAUCGGAUUCAGGUUCGGACAAGUUGUCUUUGAGACAAAGCGCAUCUAAACAGCCGUCGAAGAAUUCGACUCAGCAAAGCGAAUCUUCAACACAAACUGAACCUAAAUGUCCGUGCUGUUUCAACGCCGCGAAGAAGUCCAGAUCGAAAAAUUACAAAUUAAACCAAGAAAGGGAAUCUAGAUUUUACAAUGAGGUUACUUUUAAAGCUAAUUUUAAAUAUAAAAAUACCGGUAGACAUAGAAAUCAUUCUAUGAAAGAUCAUAUUGAAAAUAAUAGAGUAUCUUCUUUAAGAAGGGAGACAAAGACAGCUCAAACUUUAAGUCUAGUAGUUGGUGGUUUCGUCGCGUGUUGGUUACCAUUUUUCUUAUAUUAUAUUUUAACUCCGUUUAUAUCUAUAGAAUAUGUAAAUCCUGUAUUAAUGUACAUACUAACGUGGUUGGGAUGGUUUAAUUCAGCAAUCAAUCCUUUUAUUUAUGCAUUUUAUUCGCCAGAUUUUAGACUAGCGUUUUGGAGACUUACUUUCAAGAAAUGCAAACGAAAUAAACGCUAAAAUGUAAUAGCAUAAAGUUCAGAAUACAACGAUAGUCGGUUGUAUUAU